UGGUGGACUCAUAUCUUUUAUUCCCUCCCUGCCUGCCCACAGUUCCAGAGAAAAAGGUCAAGUUCCAGAUGGGAUUGGAACACCAAGGUGAGAAUCUUUAAAGCUGCUGCAUUUCUGAAUCCGGAGCCAGAAUAGGUCAACAGAAGAGGAGGUGGACAGUGGUGAGCAUCAGUUGUGAGAAGUGUAGAAGGCACCAAAGCCAUUGUUGAUGGUGACAUUUUAAAAAAGCAAUAGUCAAGAACAUUCUUAGCAGAGUAAUUCUAAAAUUAAGAUUUGACUCUGUAAGUUUAUUCACAAAUUAAUGCUGCGGAUAAUUAUAAAAUUAUUUAACAAAUCUAUUAUUUUGAAAAUGAACUUCCUCUGCUUGGAUACAAAGUUGUAAUGACAUGCCGACAAGCUUAUCUCUCUGUCGCAUACAGCUUGUGUGCAUAUUUUGUUAUGUCAGUGUCAUGUUACUGGCUGAGAAACUUCCGCAAACUCACGUUGAUGUAAGUUCUGUGCAAAUGAGUUCAAUACCAACAUCAACUCUUCAUGCGAGUUUAUCCCGAGAGCCCGUGAGUACCUGGGCAGCGACCCAGACCCGACCUGGUCUCCACGGGGUCGGCUGCGCGGCACCAUCCGUCGGCUGAGGAAACAAUUGGACACUUCUUGGUCGCAAGCAUGAAACCAACAGAAGUUCUCCAGAAGUGGAUUGGGAUGCUCUUGUGUUGUUACGCUUUCACCGAACAUGGAAUAUCACAGCCAUUAAAUUCAGGGUGUGCUCACCAUUUUGACAAAGCUAAGAACUGCUGUAAUGAGUGCCAAGCAGGCUUCCAUCUCUCAACUACAUGUACCGCGGAGAAACCCGUGCAAUGCAAACCUUGCGGAGAAGGCGAGUACCUGGACCACAAUAAUUCUCAGACAGAAUGCUUGAAACAGAUCGAGUGUGAUCAAAUGAAGAGAUUUGAAGUUCUCCGUAAAGGAGAUUCAGUGACUGCUACACAAUGCACAUGUAAGGCAAAUUACCACUGCUCCCAGGACUGUGAAUAUUGUCUCAGGGACAAUCCCUGUUCCCCAGGGUCUGAAGUGAAAGAAAAAGUAAACAGGAAAUCUGACACCAGGUGCAGACCAUGUCCUCCGAUGCAUUUUUCAAAUGAGACUUCAUUUACAGUGAAAUGUAAACAAAUGACCAAUUGCACACUCCUUGGACUAAUGGAAAAAGUACCUGGCAACACUACGGCUGAUGCUGUGUGCAUCGAAUUUGCUGCAUCAACAUUACUCAGUUCAGAUGAUACAAUGUUGACCAUUGUUGUGGGCCUUGCAUGUGGAUGUACAAUACUUGCAGUGUUUAUCUGUGCCAUAAUAUCCCACAGAAAGACUCUGACAACUUUAACAGAUUCUGUUCAACUAAGAUUUGCUAAUGCCUGGUGCAGUAUUAGCGGGAGAAAGAGAAAUGAGGGAUAUCCUCCUUUGGAUCCAGUGAUUAAAGCUGAUGACCAUAAUUGGGAUCCGGAGAGCAAGUUAUUUCUGCAACAUAAAAAUCUGGUGGAGAAAACUGAUCAAAACAAUGGUUCCAUAUUCUGUACAUUAGCAGAAUGUCCAGAUUGUAACCCUCUGUGGAAUCCUUACUGCGGAGGUGAGACCCUGUCGACUACCAAACUUUCCCCAAAGAUCCCAAAGGAAAUUCCAGAUGUUGCAAAAUAUAUUAGAAGUGAAGGAGGAGGUUCCAACACAAUUGUUGUGGCCAAUGGGAACAGUGGAACUUCACUAAACCCUCUGUUGUCUGUGGGCUGUGAGAUGGAGGAGUCAAUUCACAGUGACUCAUCCACAUUAGAAAUCAGAAACCGUGUCUGUCCCUUCAGAAACGGCCCAAAAAAAGGUCCGGCCUCGGACAGUACAAUUCUGUUGUGCUCUACUCAAUCAGGCAUAUACUGUACUCCAAAGCAUGAUUGUAAUUUGUAUUGUCAAAGUAACUCUUCCAGCUCUACCCAGAAGGCUGAGAACAUUGAUAGGCUUGAUUCUAGCAACAAUAGUUCUGCCCAAACCAAUCCUGGUGAUGAAAAUAGACACGAUUCAACAAAUUCAGUGCCAACGGGCUUUUCACGUGGAAGUAACAUGAAGUAUAAUACCAGUGGCCAGUCAGUAUCGAGUGCUGGUGGUUCAGUCAUUUUCAAUGUAAUUGUCAAAGUGAAAAAUGGUACAGAUGAGGGCAACAAAGGAGGUGUAAAUGAUAGAACAAAAAUUGCCACAGAAAACAAAGACAAAGGAGAACAUUUUAGAAGAAUUCACAGGUUCUCUGACAAAGAGGAGAAAUCAGGCAGUAUGUGGGGUUUUGAAACAGACACAGGAUUGCCUGUUAUGCCUUUCCCCGUGCAAGAAGAACAAACUAGUCUUACUGACCAUCAAGUCAACUUUCCAAUUCAAGAGCAAAUAAAGAGCAGGCAAAGCUUGGAAGAACCUUCGGUCCUUACUGAUGGAACAGUAAACCAGGAAUGUUCCUGCCAUUCCAGAUUAAACACUUUUCCUAUGCAAGAAGAUGGAAAAUCGGAACAUUUACCAAAAGAGGAAGAAAAUCAAUGAGCAGAACUCCUCAGCUCAAAAUGCUACAUUGCAGUUCUUAACAAAGUACUUUAACAAUUAACAAAGUACAUUAACAUUUUGAAAAAGAUGCAAAUACUUUUUAUUUCUAGAUACUGGAGGUAAAGGAAAUUAGUUUGCUUGUUUUAACGUUACCUGAACGUUUUUGUUUUUUCUUUGCCAUCUUUACUGCCAGAUUGGGAUUAUUGUGUCGCAACAAAUAUGCAAGGAUAAAGUUUAAUUCAAAAUUCAGGACUAUAAUAGCAGCAGCUAAAAUCUGUGCGGCACCUUUAAAUAUCCAAAGAGGCUGCAUAGGAACAUUACGAAGUACAAUCUGAAUGCUGCCAAGUAUAAUGAGUUAUAAGGACUGUUGACCACAAGUUUUGCCAUAAAAGCAAGUUUUAAGAAAUACCUUCAAGUUGAAGAGGGACUGUAAAAGAGGCUGAAAGAUUCAGAAAUACAAUUUCAGAAAUUAAAAGUCCACCAUAAAAGCACAUUUGAUGGUGGGUGCACAUGUACAAGAUUAUGAGGAGAAAUGCCGAGCAGAUGUUCAGUUGUUUCCACUGGUAAGAGAAUCUCAAAUGAGGGAACACAGUUGCAGGAGAAAGUACAGUCAUUUAAAAACAGAGAUGUCUGAAUUUCUCGGAUUUUCUACUCAUUUAGUACCUCCAGUGACUUGUGGAGCCGAGCCUACUGGGGGUACAUAAAGAGGAAAUAGGAAAUUUUACGAAAGUUUGAUGAAUUGUGGGCUAUGGGUAGAACAGAAGAUGCCGCAUAGUGCAGAUCAACCGAGAUCAUAUUGAAGAGCAGGGCAGGCUUUAUGGACCGAGUGGCCUACGCCUAUCACUUUAUUGUAUACUUGCAUUCUUUUUUACAAUGAUGCACUACUUGAACAUUUUACCUUCAUACAAGAUUUUUAUGAUCUAAUAAAAAGAAUAUCAGUGAAGUAGCAUAACAAUAGUAUCAGUGUACAUCAAAGGGAUUUGGAUAAUUUAAUGCUUUCUCGAAGAGAAACAAUAACUUUUUGCUUGGCAGUGUAAGAUUUGAUGGCAAGUAUCUCCCACAAGUAUUUGAAAAGGCCACAGAUAAGAUAACGUUUAGAAAUGGUUUAUAAUAAAUUACAGGUCCCCCUGCUAGUAAAAAUUAUACUGAUAUGCUUUUAUUGUCGACUGAGAUGCCAUUUUACACUGGUAACAUUUGCUCACUUUUGACCCAUAUCCCACUCAACUUUUCUUAUUCAUGCAUCAGUUCAAAUGACUUUCACAUAUUGUUAUUGUACCUGCUUUGACCAUGUCCAUUGGUAGUUUGUUCCAUAACUGUCAAUUCUUGUUAAUAUGGCAGUCUGUUACGCCUUGCAUAUGGCAUAUUAUUAAAUUUUAUGAUCACGGAGGUAACUGACUAUGUUGACUGUCUGUAAGUGACUGAUGUUUGAUAUUGUGUGGAAAAAAAAAUCUGAAUCAAUGUUCAUUUUGUUAUCAAAAGAUGUAGCUUUUGUGAUCAUGAUGUCAUCAUUAAUAGCAACAUGUUUUGCAGACUCAUCACAAAACCACAUGUACAGAGCUUAAUCUAGGGCUGAAUGCUCAGCAUUAUACACACAAACAACACUGGCACAGUCCUUUGUAACUACUGCCCAUUUGUCCUUUUGACAAAGAAUAUCAUGAACAGUUUAGCAGCAGAUAGUGAUCCUUGAAAACUUUGAGAAGUGAAUGCUGAUAUCAAGUUGGAAAACUUUAGGAUUCUUACAGUGCCCUCCAUAAUGUUUGCGAAAAAGAACCAUCAUUUAUUUAUUUACCUCUGUACUCCACAAUUUGAGAUUUAUAAUAGAAAAAAAAUCACAUGUGGUUAAAGUGCACAUUGUCAGGUUUUAUUAAAGGGUAUUUUUAUACAUUUUGGUUUCACCAUGUAGAAAUUACAGCUGUGAUUAUACAUAGUCCCCCCAUUUCGGGGUACCAUAAUGUUUUGGGACACAUGGCUUCAGAGGCGUUUGUAAUUGCUCAGAUGUGUUUAAUUGCCUCCUUGAUGCAGGUAUAAGAGAGCUCUCAGCACCUAGUCUUUCUUACAGUCUUUCCAUCACCUUUGGAAAUUUGUGUUGCUGUUUAUCAACAUGAGGACCAAAGUUGUGCCAAUGAAAGUCAAAUAAACCAUUAUGAGACUGGGAAACAAGAAUAAAAUUGUUAGAGACAUCAACCAAACCUUAGGCUUACCAAAAUAAUCUGUUUGGAACGUCAUUAAGAAGAAAGAGAGCACUGGUGAGCUUACUAAUCGCAAAGGGACUGGCAGGCCAAGGAAGACCUCCACAGCUGAUGAUGGAAGAAUUCUCUCGAUAAUAAAGAAAAAUCCCCAAACACCUGUCUGACAGAUCAGAAACACUCUUCAGGAGUCAGGUGUGGAUUUGCCAAUGGCCACUGUAUGCAGAAAACUUCAUAAACAGAAAUACAAAGGCUACACUGCAAGAUGCAAACCACUGGUUAGCCGCAAAAAUAGGAUCGUCAGGUUACAGUUUGCCAAGUACUUAAAAGAGCAACCACAGUUAACUUAUAUCAGAGUGAUGGCAAGAGCAAAGUAUGGAGGAGAGAAUGAACUGCCCAAGAUCCAAAGCAUAACACCUCAUCUGUGAAACACGGUGGUAGGGGGUGUUAUGGCCUGGGCAUGUAUGGUCGCUCAAGGUACUGGCUCACUUAUCUUCAUUAAAGAUACAACUGCUGAUGGUAGUUGCAUAACAAAUUCUGAAAUGUAUGGACACAUCCUAUGUGCUCAAGUUCAAACAAAUGCCUCAAAACUCAUUUGUCGAUGGUUCAUUCUACAGCAAUACAAUGAUCCCAAACAUACUGCUAAAGUAACAAAGGAGGAAGCUAAAUAAUGGUAAAUUCUUGAGUGGCCAAGUAAAUCACCCGAUCUGAACCCAAUUGAGCAUGCCUUUUAUAUGCUGAAGAGAAAAGUGAGAGUGACUAGCCCCCAAAACAAGCAUAAGCUGAAGAUGGCUGCAAUACAGGCCUGGCAGAGCAUCACCAGAGAAGACCCAACAACUGAUGAUGUUCAUGAAUUGCAGACCUCAAGCAGUCAUUGCAUGCAAAGGAUAUGCAACAAAAUACUAAACAUGACUACUUUCAUUUACAUGACAUUGCUGUGUCCCAAACAUUAUGGAGGGCACUGUAUAUAAACACAAAUCUCUCUACUGUGCAGUAGACCUAUGUUUGCAUGCGCUUGUAGGGAUGCUGAAAUGCAUGGUACUCUUCUCGCAUCAUUUAGACAGUUUGUAUAGUUUAUAAAAUGAACUGAAUGAUGGUUGAUUAAAACAAGGGGCACUUAUACACAACAUAUGAUGCACAAUUUACACAUUAAAAGCUAAAGACAAAUUAGAUGUGCCAAUGUGAAUUUAUCAAAUCUAUUAUUUUAUUAUUUGUCAAAAAAUAUGCAUGAUUGAACAUGAUGCAUGGUUGAGCAUGAGAACUGCCAAUGAGAACUUUUAUGAAUUAAAGUUAUCACUUCACAAGUGGUUGUGAGAAGAGCGUAAAUUAUGAUCUUAUAGCUGAGAAUUGGUGGGACAAUCAUAUUUGAUUGGCUGUGAGUUGAAUGAAGAGUUUGAGACACUUGGCCUGAAAUAUUUGUUUUGUGCACUGACUGUUAGUUAAAUGAUUGAAAUACAAAUUAACAGUUUUGUGAAAAACAUUUGUUAGAAUAUGAAUUGUUGGAUUAACAACAGUGUUUAUGCUGUAUUAAAUUCUGAUACACACGAAUUUGUGUCAACUAGUGAUUAUCCUGGAAUGACGAGUGUCAUAUUAAUGAUAAUUUCAUUAAUGUACCGCCCUCUGCGUGGAAAAAGUUGCCUCUCAGAUUCCCUUUAAAUAUUUUCCAUCAUACCUUAAACUUAUACACCCUAGUUAUUGAUUAAUGAACCCUGGGAAAACAACUGUGUGCAUUCAUCCUAUCUAUUGGAGUCAAGGAAAGAGCGUUCACGUCGCGGCCCUGUUUCACCAAUCUUUCCACCCCCACGCACAAGAAGCGCAAGACAGACACCAUUGUAUGCAGAUAUCGAGAAGUGUGUUCAGCUCUGGCUGAACAACUUCUAAUCUUGUGUGUGGACUCGAUAAGGAGAAGAACCCUAUCUAUUUCCCUCAUGAAAUUCGUUGUUUUGCAUACCGUACACAAAGUAU